CUACGUACUUUCUUCUCAUCCCUAGCCUCCUCACACAACACAAACACCAAAUCAAACAUGGCCACCACUUUUCUUUCUCUCCUCUUCCUCAUCUUCUCUCUCCUCACCCCAACCCUCAUUUCCUCUUCCCCUGUCCAAGACCCUGAAUUUGUGGCCCAAGAAAUUAACAGGAAAAUCAAUGCUUCCGUAGCUAGAAGGAAUUUGGGGUACUUGUCCUGUGCGACAGGGAACCCCAUUGACGAUUGUUGGAGGUGUGACCCGAACUGGGAGAAGAACCGCCAGAGGCUAGCGGAUUGUGCGAUUGGUUUCGGGAAAAACGCCAUCGGAGGAAAGAACGGAAAAAUCUACGUGGUGACCGAUUCCGGCGACGACGAUCCGGUGACACCGAAGCCGGGAACCCUCCGGUACGCAGUUAUUCAAGACGAGCCUCUCUGGAUCAUCUUCGCAAGAGACAUGGUGAUCAAGCUGAAGGAGGAGCUCAUCAUGAACUCCUUCAAGACCAUCGACGGAAGAGGCGCCAGCGUGCACAUUGCGGGUGGUCCAUGCAUAACGAUACAGUAUGUGACCAACGUUAUAAUCCAUGGGAUAAACAUUCAUGACUGUAAGCAAGGUGGGAAUGCUAUGGUGCGGGACUCCCCACGGCACUACGGCUGGAGGACCGUGUCGGACGGUGAUGGCGUGUCGAUCUUUGGAGGGAGCCACGUGUGGGUUGACCAUUGCUCUUUGUCUAACUGCAAUGAUGGGUUGAUCGAUGCCAUUCAUGGCUCUACCGCGAUUACCAUCUCCAACAAUUACAUGACUCACCAUGACAAGGUCAUGCUUUUGGGCCACAGUGAUUCCUACACUCAGGACAAGAACAUGCAGGUUACUAUUGCUUUCAACCACUUUGGUGAAGGCCUUGUUCAAAGAAUGCCAAGGUGUAGGCAUGGAUAUUUUCAUGUGGUGAACAAUGACUAUACUCACUGGGAAAUGUAUGCCAUUGGGGGAAGUGCUAAUCCUACCAUCAAUAGCCAAGGCAACAGGUUUGUUGCACCUGAUGACAGAUUCAGCAAAGAGGUGACAAAGCAUGAGGAUGCAGCAGAGAGUGAAUGGAAGGGGUGGAAUUGGAGGUCAGAAGGGGACUUGUUAGUAAACGGUGCGUUUUUCACGGCAUCGGGGGCUGGAGCCUCCUCUAGUUAUGCAAGAGCUUCUAGCUUGAGUGCAAGGCCAUCUUCACUGGUGGGGUCCAUAACCACUGGUGCGGGUGCACUCACCUGUAGGAAGGGUUCCCGCUGCUGAUUAUGACCCCUCCAGCAAGCAACUGUAUCUGCAGGCCGCUCCAUUAAUUCCAAAAAAAUGGAAUGGAAUCAAGAAUCAAGGGGGGAGGGAAGGGGAAAGAGAAUGACCUUAUUAAAUUAACUAUGGUCAUUUCUUUAAUAGUUAGGAUGUAUAUUUUCCUAUGAUUUCCUUCCUGCAUUCUUUUCUUUUGUUUUCUCUAGUUUUUUUUUUUACUUUUGGGUUUCUGAUUUGGUCUACUUUUGUAUGAUUACAAUUUACAACCUCCGCCUGUAAACCUCAUAGAACCAAAUUUGUGAAUCUGGUAUGUGAGAAAGCAAGUGCAGAAGAGUUGAUAUAUAUGAUGAUGAUUACAUGUUUUUUAUUUUGAAUAU